AUGGAUAAAUAAAUUAUUAAUUCUAAGCAAUCUGCAGUUACAACUAAAAUAUAAACUCCUCAUCGAACAACUGCAGAAUAAAUUUACAUUAAAAGAUUAAAAGAAACAGAAGCUUUCAUACCUAAAGAAGAAUUUAUAUAGAAAUAAGAAAAGAUUAAUAAGGCAAUGGAAUCUCAAUCUUAAAUACCUCUUAAAUAUUACUCUCAUAUCAAUGAAAUUAGAUCAGUUAAAGAGUUUCUCUAUAUAUCAGAAAAGCUUAAAUAGAAAAAUAUUGAAAGAAAAAUGAAUGAAAGAUUAGAAUUGAGAGGAAAAUUGAAUAAAAUAAAAGAAAUAGAAGUGUUAAAAAAACUUCAUUAUUAUUUAGAAAAAAAAAUUAGAUUAUUUAUUAAAGAUAGAUAACAUGAUGAAAGUAAACUAUAUUUUCAUUUUUUAGAUCCUUAAAUGAAAACAUUUGAGGCUUUUAGGGUAGCUCAUAAAGAAGAUAAAAGAAUUAUGCAAUUUCCUUUAGAAUUUUAAAAAGAAAUCUUUUAAAAAUUGGAUAAUUAACCAGAUAUUAUUCAAUCAAAUGUACAAAAGUAAAAGAUGACUUCAACUAAUUCAGAUUAAUAAUUAUAAAAAAGAAAUUCUUAAUUUGAGUAAUGAAAUUUUUAUAUUUAAUAUAGUUUGUUUAGUAGUGAAUUUUCAGAAAGCAUCAAUAAAGAUAAUAAUGAAGAUGGAACUAGCAAAUUUUUAACAUUAAAAGUUGCAAAUAAACUUUUAGGAAUGAUGAUUGUAGAAUCGAGUAAGGGAAAAAGAUAACCAAUCAUUUGGGCUUAAGAUAAAAAAAAAGAAUUAGAAGGAAUACUUAAUAAACCUUAUGGAGGCAAAAUGAAUUUUAAUGUUCAUUCCUUUAAUUGGUUGAUUGAUAAUGCUUUAAGCAGAUCUUAAUCAUUAAUGAAUAUUAAUAAAAGAUAAACAAAUAGAGUUGUUAGUAUGGAUGAAAGAGUGGAAUACUAAUCUCCUAUUAAUAAUCAUAAAGAUAUUUAAAAUAAAAUAAAUUAAGGAAUAUAAUCUAUCAAUAAAACCUUUUAUUCUAGACCAAGGUCAACAAUUGUUACAAAACAAAGAAAAGAAUUAAAAAAUAGAAAAUAAGUGACAACUGAAUACAACAUAACUGAUAGAAUAAAAGAAAAUGUUACUUCAUAAGCUCUCAGAAAUUCUAAUAUUCAAUCUUAAUAAAAAACUGAAAGUAUUUUCUUUCAAAAUGAUUCUUACGUUAAUCAUUAUAUUUGA